AUGCCCGCCGAAAUGCACCUCACUGUCGACAGGCACGUCGCCUACAUCCAGAGCCUUGACACUCGCAAAGACGAGCUCGAGUACUGGCUCACCGAACACUUGCGCCUCAACGGCCUUUAUUGGGGCCUAACCGCCUUGCACCUGCUUGGCCGCCCCGACGCCCUCCCGCGCAGUCAAGUACUCAAUUUCCUCUUCUCGUGUUUACACGAAAAUGGCGGCUUCGGCGCUGCUCCCGGACAUGACGCUCACAUGCUGUAUACCGUUAGCGCCGUCCAGAUACUCGCUACUCUCGACGCCUUUGCCGACCUGGAGGACCGUGUCCCUGGUGGACGGCAGAAGAUCGGAAACUUCAUCGCAUCCUUGCAGCACUCUGAAACCGGCACCUUUGCGGGCGACGAGUGGGGAGAGCAAGACACGCGCUUUCUGUACGGCGCCCUGAACGCCCUGUCGCUUAUGGGCCUGCUCGAGUUGGUUGACGUAGAAAAGGCGGCUCAGUACGUCCACGCCUGUGCCAACUUUGACGGCGGCUACGGCACGAGCCCGGGCGCUGAAUCACACUCGGGUCAGGUGUUUACAUGCCUCGCCGCUCUGACCAUCGCGGGGAGGCUUGAUUUGGUCAACCAAGAAAAACUGGGCGCCUGGUUAAGCGAACGUCAACUCAAGAACGGGGGCUUGAACGGCCGGCCAGAGAAGAAGGAAGACGUAUGUUACAGCUGGUGGGUCAUGAGCAGCAUGGCCAUGCUGAACAGGCUGCACUGGAUAGACGGUGAAAAGUUGACGUCCUUCAUUCUGCAAUGCCAGGAUCCGGAAUUAGGUGGCCUUGCAGACCGGCCAGGUGACAUGGUAGACGUCUUCCAUACCGUCUUUGGUAUUGCUGGGCUCAGUCUUCUCAAAUACCCAGGCCUCGAAGAAGUAGACCCCGUAUAG